UUGCUGCAGCAAGUGCCAAUUUGUCCACAGCUGUUGAUUUUAUUUGUCUCGAGAAAACCUGUGAACUGUGAUUAUUAUCUUAAUAUUAAAUAAAAAGUUGAAAUCUUUAUCAUUUCAUUAAAAUGUUUUCGCUUUUAAGAAACCCUUCAAGAUUAGCCCAAAAUGCAUUGAACUUAAAAAGAAAUAUUGCCUGUUUAUCGGCACUACCUGAAACACAUCAAAUGCUCCAAAAGACAGUCAGAGACUUCGCUGACAAUGAACUAGCACCAAAAGCUGCCAAAUUCGAUCGUGAACACUUGUAUCCUGCCGAAGAGAUCAAGAAAAUGGGUGAACUCGGUUUGAUGGCUGUUGCUGUGCCAGAGGAAUAUGGUGGCACUGGUUUAGACACACUUGCCUAUGCUAUUGCCAUGGAGGAAAUCUCAAGGGGAUGUGCCUCAGCUGGAGUUAUAAUGUCUGUUAAUAAUUCACUAUACCUUGGACCCCUUUUGUCUUUUGCUAAUGAAGAACAAAAGAAAAAAUACAUUGAACCAUAUACCACAGGAGAGAAAAUUGGUUUCUUUGCCCUCUCUGAACCUGGAAAUGGUUCUGAUGCUGGAGCAGCAUCUACAACUGCUGUUCUAAAAGGAGAUCGGUAUGUUUUAAAUGGUACCAAAGCAUGGAUCACUAAUGGCUAUGAAGCCGAAUCGGGUGUUCUACUUGCAACUACCUCAAAAGCUCUUAAACACAAAGGCAUAUCUGCUUUUAUUGUGUCCAAGGGUCUGAAAGGUUUUACUGUGGGAAAGAAGGAAGAUAAACUUGGUAUUCGUGGAUCUUCCACUUGCCAAUUGAUUUUUGAAGAUUGUGAAAUUCCCAAAGAAAACCUAUUGGGUGAAGAAGGUUAUGGUUUUAAGAUUGCAAUGAAAGGUCUUGAUGGUGGUCGUAUUGGAAUUGCUGGCCAAGCGCUAGGAAUUGCUCAGGCAUCACUCGAACUAGCAGUUGAUUAUUCUAAUAAACGAACGGCUUUUGGCAAACCCAUUUCUAAAUUACAAAUUAUCCAACAAAAAAUUGCAGAUAUGGCUUCGAGUGUGGAGUCGGCGCGUUUGUUGACAUGGCGUGCAGCAUGGUUGAAGGAUAAUGACAAAUCAUUUACCAAAGAAGCUGCGAUGGCUAAAUUAGCUGCUUCGGAAGCAGCAACUUUCUGCUCUCACCAGGCUAUUCAAGUUCUUGGUGGAAUGGGAUAUGUUACUGAUAUGGCUGCUGAACGACAUUAUCGUGAUGCUAGGAUAACUGAAAUUUAUGAAGGAACUUCGGAAAUUCAGAAAUUGGUUAUUGCUGGAUCUGUACUCAAAGAGUUAAGCGCAUGAGAUUUGUAAAAGGUGUCUUCCUAUGGGACAGGGACAAUGUGCUUGAUGUAUUGCAUUUAUCGUAUAUUUUUUUGUAAUUUUUUUUUUACAUAAUAUGCGUUUAGGAAUAUAGUAAAGAAUUUAUACAAAU